UCGGUGUGCGCGAGCAACGUCAGUUUAAACUAACCUAAAAUAAGUGGCUUUGCAAAAGUUUUUGCUCCUAAAUUUAUCCAAAAAUCAAUCUGCAAAAUGUCUGCGUGGAGAGCUGCCGGUUUGAACUACAUCAAUUACUCCCAAAUUGCUGCCAGGCUUGUCAGGCAGGCUCUGAAAGCCGACCUCAGGGUCGAAGCUACCAAGCGCGAUGAAGCCAACGUGAGAUUCACACAGUGGAAGGAUGGCAAACCAGCGAAAAAAGACACUGUAGCCUAAAUGGAUCAAUUCUCAACUAAAUAGUGCAGAAAAUAUUUCAAAUGUACCAAAUAAUUGAUGUUAUGAUUCCAUGUUACUUUAUUAUUUACAAUAAAUAAGAAUUUAUUCAAAC